CUUGCUCCAGCUUGUCCAUCGAAUUUUAUCUUUACUCUCUUCAUUUCUUGCACAAUGGACGGCUACCUAGACAGACUCUCGCGCACCUUUUCCGACCACCGCGUGCAGCUAGUGACAGCGGCAGUUGCUGCCUCAGCAGCGACGGCCAGCGCCAUGUGGGGCACUCGGCACAUUCAGCGGCGGCAGCGUGCGCGCAAGCUCAAGAAGGACACUGUCUUUGGCGACGACUCGCAGACCCAGGCGCGGCAGGUGACCAAGCACACGCCGAUCUCGUUGACGCCAAACGAGGAGUCACUGAUCCGCGAGCAGCUAGCACGGCACUACGCCUUCCUGGGAGACGACGGCAUGAAGAGGCUGCGCGACAGCUUCGUUGUUGUGGUAGGUGCUGGUGGUGUUGGGUCCCAGGACUAUGUGCUGGACUGCAUUGACAACAUGGAUACCAAGCUUGAUUUGAUCAUGUACUGCAAAAAGCACAAUCUGCCGGUCAUUAGUGCCAUGGGCGCUGGCAUGAAGUCCGAUCCGUCGCGCGUGCAGAUCGCUGAUAUCGGCGACACAUUCGAGGACCCGAUGUCGCGGGCUGGCGUCGAGAGCGGCGUCAAAGUCAUCUAUUCGACGGAGAAGCCCGGCAAGGUCGGUUUGGAGCAGCCGGGCGAUUUCUCGGUGCUGCCUGACUUCCGCGUGCGCAUCGUUCCCGUGCUGGGCACCAUGCCGGCCAUGUUUGGAAUUGCCAUGGGCACGCAUAUUCUGACCGAGCUGGCUGGGUUCCCGACCGAUCCUCUAGCAAUCAAGGGCCGCAACGCGCUGUACGCGCGCCUGCACCGCGAACUGGGCAACCGCGAGCACCAGCUGUGGAUGUCCCCUGAUGACGUUGGCUACAUCCUGGAGGAGAUCUGGCGCGGAAAGAGCGCCAUUUCGGGCAGCACUGACAAGUUAGCCCUGGUCCGCUGGAAGCGCGAUUUGCCGAUGACGACACACAACUGCAUCGUCAUGACCAAGAAGGAGGCCGACGAGCACGAGAAGAUCGAGGGCAAUCCAGAGGAUGUCUACCCGGCCGGCAUUAUUGCGUUUAUCAACGAACGGUUCGAGGAGGAAAGGCGUCUCAGCCAGCUGCGCUAGCAGCCCUAUAGAGUCUGUAGUUCUCUGUCCUGAGGUCUUUGAGCAAUGGAUCUAUUUAUGGCA